UUGGCGAGUGUGUAAUCAGCUGGAUGGCAUUUUUAUCAAAUUUCAAGUGAUUGUUGCUGCCUAUUGCGUGAAUUAAAUCGAAUUGCAAAUAUUAGUGCAAUUUGCCGGUCGCAGAGCAGUUAAUUAAAGAUUUAUUGACAGUGCAUUCAGUACUGCUGCCGCUGCUGCUUGGAUUAACAGUUGGCAUUGAAAAAAUGCAAUGGACCUGAAAUGCAGACAAAGCGAACGCCGACCAAAGGGAGAUUAAACAACAAAAGAGCAAAUGAAUAACGCAUGUAGCGGGCAUGAAGAGCAGUGUGCUCUGUUGGCGGACUCUUCCGUUAGUUCGGGGUCGACGGCAUCUGUGUCCGAUGAAGAGACAACUGCAAGGCAGCCCAAGGGCAAGCGAGGACAAGGAGCUAUGAAGCUGCAGCGGCGACCGCGCUUGCCUCUUCCAAGAAGUUUGCGUCGGCUCGGAUGUUACACUCUUAUGGCAUCAUUUAUAUUCCUGCUACUCCUUGUCUACCUGCCAUUGAUGUACAUGGAUGUGCACAAACGUCGCGUGGGCUUACCGGACUGGACACUGGAGACCUCCCGGAGCAUAGGCGACUACAUAGACCCAGUGCAGGAGACGGCGCUUAUUGUGCCGCGGGGGUUUUGUCGCAACAAGACCUUCCUGGUAAUCGCCGUUUGCACCAGCCUGGGAAACUUUGUUCAACGGCAGACAAUACGCGAGACAUGGGGAAACACCUCGGAGUUCAACUACGGAGCAUUUGUGAAGUUGCAUGGCCAUCUCAAGGGAAACUACUUGCCACCGAUGACGGCGCGCCUGAAGCUGUAUGCCGAUUACCUAAGCGGCGAGGGCGAUUCACUGUCAGCCUCCGUCCGCGUUGUCUUCAUUGUGGGCCGCAGCAAGUACGAAUCCCUUGAGGGAAACGAAACGUUGUCUAGAGUUCACAGCGAGGCGGAGCAGUACAACGAUAUCAUUCAGGAGAGCUUUGUCGAUAGCUACAACAAUCUAACACUCAAGUCGGUGAUGGCCUUGAAACACAUAAGCCGGAGCUGCGCCAACAGCACCGCGUACUUUCUCAAGUGCGACGACGACACCUUUGUAAAUGUCCCCAAUCUGCUGCACUUUCUGCUAGGCGGCUCCGUUCCGCUGUACAACGAUACUCUGGACUAUCAUGAUCGAUACACGUUCCUGGUGAAGUCACCGCAGAAUCGACUGAACGACACCAGCGAGGUGAUGUACGGACACCAGUUCUGCAACGUGGUGCCCGUCAACGAUGUUAGCAGCAAGUGGUACAUGCCUUCCUAUAUGUAUCCGCCGGAGUCCUAUCCAAAGUAUUUGUCCGGAGCCGGGUACCUUCUCUCUAUUGAUGUGGUGCAACGGCUGUACGAGGCCUCUCUGAACACGACGCUUGUGUAUUUGGAGGACGUCUACAUCACCGGGCUUUGCGCACAGCGUGCCCACAUUAAGCGACAUCAUCACCCGCUCUUCAGUUUUGCCCACUCAAAGCAUUUGUGCGCCUUCAAAGGCAGCAUUACGCAGCAUCAGGUGAAGGACGACACAAUGGUGGAGGCCUGGAACUAUGUUUCCGACUACAAGAUUAGGUGCCCGCCGCCAGGUCGUUACUUCAACCACAUGCGACUGCACAAGCGCCCAAAUUGUUAGUAAUAUGCGCUCCCAAGACAGGCUUGUAUGACCCUAUAUGUUCUACUCGCCCCAACUUUGUAAAGACCCAAAAAUACUUCAUAAUGUUUAUUUAUACACGCCGCACAGUUUGUUAUUAUAACUCACGAGAAUCCACUUUAUGUUCCUGAAAUUAUAAGUAACAGAAUACUCUAACACAACGUCUGAAAUGCCCGCACAUACAUAUGAAACGAGAUAUUAUUAUAUAUAUAGCGUUGUAUUAUUGUUUACCCAAUUUCAUUGAAGAUUGCAACGAAUAUUGAGCUCGUGCUAUUCCCAUCUGAUAAUACACUCCUCUUCUCUCGCAUCGUAUUUAAUGGGAAGCCGUUGUGUUGUGAAUCCAUCGAAUGAGAUUAGAGUGAGCAGAAGCUCCAUAUAUCCAUAUCAACGUUAAAAGUAUUGCACAUAAGAUAUAUCACAUAGAUGAAUAGUAUGUACUCGUAAAUGUAAUCCUCCGUUCAAAGCUUCCGAUGUGUUGACCCUUCAGCCUUGACCACCUCGAAUCAAAUAAAAUAAAUAGAUACUACAUGCACUAGGUGUUUAAGAUUUUAUUUGUAUUCAUAUAAUAGCUCAUAACUUACAAAAUAUAUUUACUUAAUAUCAAUUAAUACCCUAAGUACUAAAUAAUUUCUACUGGCUUGAAUCCUCUCCUGUUCAGUUGCUGAUAUUAGAAAUACUCAUAGACAAAUUCAUAAUUGGAGCAGAC